ACUAGAACCGCGUGCGUUCUCGCGCUGCGCGACUGUUUUCAAAACAAAAUUUUGCCAGUUCAGGUUCUACAUCGCACUGCAUUUAAAAUAGGAAAAAAAUGUCGUUUCUGAAGUUGUUUAAGCAAUUUGUUGUAACCGGUUUCAACAGAAAGGUGUUGUUCUUAACUGAAACAACCUGUUGGUCAUACGAGAUCCAGCCAGAGAUUCUGCCGUUGGAGAAGUGUCGCCCGAAAAAAUACUUCGACGCCGACAGUGAUAGUGAUGAAAAUUCCGCUCAACAACAGCAGCAGCCCCUGAAGCAAGCCACCAACGGGAGCACCACAGCAGACAAAGUCCAAAUUGUGGCUCUGGAAGUGCACAAAGAAAAAUCACUGCUAGCGGUGGCCACCAGUGACAAAUCGUUGUACCUGUUCGAAAUUCUGGCUGAUGGCGAAGGGUCCACAGAGGGAAUGCUUAAGUUGCUUUCUCGGAGGAUGGUGUCGCGGACAUCCAGCUGUAUGAAGUUCGUUACGGGUGGGAAGUUCCUGGUAGUUUGCGAUAAGGGUGGCGAUUGCUAUCGCUACGAUUGUGAAGGCGAUGAUUGCAAGAAACCAGGUCGUUGGCUGUUGGGACACAUGAGCCAGGUGCUGGAUGUGCUUGUGUCUGCUGAUGAAAGAUUCAUCAUCACUAGCGAUCGUGACGAGAAGAUUCGCGUGACAAACCAUCCGGAUUGUCACACUAUCGAAACGUUUUGCCUCGGCCAUGGGGAGUUUGUAUCGCAAUUGGAAUUCGUGACGACCACGGAUGGUAAAUCCUGCCUCCUGUCCCUCUCGGGAGAUAAGACUUUACGACUGUGGGACUUCGCUACUGGGAAGGAGCUAGCUCGGGAAGAUUUAGAGCGACCGGGAAACCGUAUGGUGACUAAACAGUUGAACGACGGUUCUGUACUUGUUGCCGUUCUGUUCUAUGAACCGACUGAGAUAGCCGUCUUGAAGAUAAACGACGUUGAAAACUUAACAUGCAAAAUAACACAAACUUUUAAAACUGACCAACAAGAAGUUUUUUCGAGUUUUGCCUUUGACGAGCAGAACAAUUUGGUAGCAUUGACUAUUGAUAAAGCAACCGAAAAGGUUUCAUUGAAUUUGUAUGAAUUCGAACAGGAAAAUUGUAAAUUUAGCAAGCAAAGUUCUAAUUCUUUGUUGGAAACGUUUUCCACUAAUACCGCAAAUGAUAGAAUUGGCUACGUAGAUUUAGUUUCAUUUCUAUUCAAGAAGAAAUUCGAUAAUAUAAAAGAUUAUCAGGAACGUAAAAGAAGGCGAAUUGAGGAAGGUGGUAAAUAAGUAGACCCAUUAAUGAGGUCUAUUUAAAUUUGCAUUAAUAUAUUUUUUGAGGGUAUAAGAGUAUGUAUUACAUAUGAAUAAUAUAUAUGUAUAGUAAAAAAAAACUAAGACAUUUUAAAUGCUUAAGGAUAUCACAU